GGCAGCUUGCUUCUGUUUGUUCACAAAAACCCUAGAACCUCGAGCUUCGUCGUCGGCUUCGCUUCUCUUCGAUUCGACUCAGAAGAACGAAUACCCAGAAAAUAUGCCUCCAAAAGCAGCCAAAUCUAAGGAUGCAGCUCCCGCCGAGAGGCCGAUUCUUGGCCGUUUCUCUUCUCACCUCAAGAUCGGAAUUGUUGGAUUGCCGAAUGUCGGGAAAUCUACCCUUUUCAACACCCUCACGAAGCUGUCGAUCCCUGCUGAGAACUUCCCCUUUUGUACCAUCGAGCCUAAUGAAGCACGUGUGAAUGUUCCCGAUGAACGGUUUGAUUGGCUUUGCCAAUUGUACAAGCCCAAGAACGAGGUUUCGGCUUUCUUGGAAAUCCACGACAUUGCCGGGCUUGUUAGAGGGGCUCAUCAAGGACAGGGUCUCGGCAACAACUUUCUGUCCCACAUUCGUGCUGUUGAUGGGAUUUUCCAUGUUUUACGUGCAUUUGACGAUGCGGAUAUUAUCCAUGUUGAUGAUACUGUGGAUCCUGUGAGAGAUUUGGAGACCAUAACGGAGGAACUGCGAUUAAAGGAUAUUGAAUUCAUUGGAAGGAAGAUCGAAGAUGUUGAAAAGAGCAUGAAGAGGAGCAAUGACAAGCUGUUGAAAAUAGAGCUUGAGCUGUGUCAAAGGGUAAAAGCUUGGCUCGAAGAUGGAAAGGAUAUCCGUCUUGGGGAGUGGAAAGCUGCUGACAUUGAGAUUUUGAACACUUUUCAAUUGCUUAGUGCAAAGCCUGUUGUUUACUUGGUUAACAUGACCGAGAGAGAUUAUCAGAGAAAGAAGAACAAGUUCUUGCCAAAGAUUCAUGCUUGGGUUCAAGAACAUGGUGGCGAGCAAAUAAUUCCUUUCAGCGGCGUUUUGGAAAGAAAUCUCGCUGAUAUGUUACCAGAUGAAGCAGCAAAGUACUGUGAGGAGAACAAAGUGCAGAGUGCUCUUUCGAAGAUUAUCAAAACUGGGUUUUCAGCCAUUAAUCUCAUAUAUUUCUUCACAGCAGGACCGGAUGAGGUUAAAUGCUGGCAGAUACGGCGCCAGACAAAAGCUCCCCAAGCUGCAGGGACCAUUCAUACCGAUUUUGAGAAAGGAUUUAUUUGUGCUGAGGUGAUGAAAUUUGAGGAUCUCAAGGAACUUGGCAAUGAAGGUGCUGUUAAGGCUGCCGGAAAAUACAGACAGGAGGGGAAAACAUAUGUUGUUCAGGACGGAGAUAUCAUAUUUUUCAAGUUUAACGUCUCCGGGGGCGGGAAGAAAUGAGAGAUCCAUCCAUUUUUUGCUGUCUCGGAGUUCCGUUGCAAAUCUGAGAGAGAGGAUGAGACUGUAUUCUUGGUUAUGGAUGAUGCCUUUUUUUUCAUGGCUUAUAGAGAACAAGUAUCUGUAUCUUGUCUGUUUUGCAGUUAAGCUUGAGACAUAAAUCUUGUCUGUGGUCUCCAUGUUUGGUGAUUGAACUGUACAGACAAAGAUCUUAUCCAUUUGGUAGGAGAGAUUUGACAACAA